CUCGAAAUUUUCAAUCUUUCGGGCUGUGCACGACUCAAGAGAUUUCCAGAGAUUGUGGGAGAAAAUUUAUUUAGAUGGGAGUGCUAUAGAGGAAUUACCAGUGUCAAUUGAGCGUCUGACUGGUCUUACAUUGUUGGAUAUGGCUCACUGCAAAAAUAUUUUGAGAAUUCCUAGUGUCAUUUCAAGUUUGACAAGGCUUACAACAAUCAUUCUUUCAGGCUGCUCUAAUCUUAUUGAAAUUCCCGAGAACAUUGGGAAUGUGGAAUGUCUUGAAGAGUUGGAUAUAAGCAGAACUGCUAUAAGGCAAAUGCCAUCAUCCAUUGUGUAUCUCAAAAACCUUAAAGAGUUAUCCUGGUCAAGGUGCAGUGGUCAAGUUUCUACAUCACUGCUCUUUCCCUGUCUUCCAGAAGUAUGCGCUGGACCGAACUUCUUGUUGCCUGCUUCAUUAUCUCCUUUUAGCUCUUUAGUGUCAUUGAAUUUAAGUUACUGCAAUCUGAUUGAUGGAGCUCUCCCUAAUUAUAUGGACCGCAUGUCAUCAUUGAUGCAGUUGAAUUUAGGGGGAAACAAUUUUACAAGCAUACCUGAAAGUAUUUCCCGACUUUCCAAGCUUGUAAGUCUUUACUUGAGGGGUUGUAUCCUGUUGCAGUCAUUGCGAGAGCUUCCAUUGAGUAUAAAAUUGGUUUCUGCAUUUGGUUGUAUGUCACUUAAAAGUGAUUCUGAUCAGUAUGAAGUAUAUUGUUCAAAAUAUGAAAACCAAGUUCUGAUUCAUAAGCGCACAACAUCAACCAGAUUUUGCCUUCUCAUAACCAAUUCACAAUUUGCAGCAUGGCUGAACAGAUAUCAUGAGGUUAAUGAGGUGGAGAUAAGUUUACCGGUGAGAACUGCAUAUGGUUUAUCACAUAGAACUCAUGGAAAUAUUCCAUAUUGGUUCAACAAUAGAAGCAGCAACUUUUCUAUAACAAUCCCGCUUUCAGAGGACUUGACUAAUAAGAGUAGGCUAUGGAUGGGAUGUGCUUUCUAUGUCGAUUUGGAAGUUAAUGAGAAUUUUGAUAGCAGUCCAUAUUUCAAAGUCAGGCACAAGUUUGAUUGUUGUUUUGAUACCAUGGAAGGUCCUGGUGACACACAAACUCUAUACCACGAGGUAAAUGCUAAAGGUGUCCAUUUGACUGGGUCAAUUGGAUAUUGGAUAAUAAUACCGCAUCUGUGGUUUUCAGCCAGGUUGAAUGCCUUCAAUCAGUGCAGUAGCAUCGAGGCUAACACAACAGUUGAUAGCCCAUACGUGGAGGUUAAAAUGAGUGGUGCCCGUCUACUGUACAAAAGAGCAGAUUUUAUAGGGUUUAUCCGAGCAAUAAAAUCGAUGAAUAAACUAUCAAGAAUUAUGCAGAAUAACAGUUCCUCUAUAAGUCUGUUGGCUGAGGAUGGUAGCUGCAAAAUUGACUCGAGCAUUUUGUUGAAAGAACAUCUUAGCUCACUGCCUUCAGAUUUAAAAUGCUAUGAGGGGCACGCCGGCUAUGCGGGAAGAAAUUACUACGUUAUUAAAGGCAAAGUCGUUCAUCCCCAGACCUCGUCUCUGUUAGGAGAAAUCCUUCAGAAAUAUUCUGGUCAGCACUCGGUGUUUUAUACAGAAAUUUUUCCUCAAUAUGGAAUUCCAGAAUGGUUCUUCAGUGUGAAUGGUUCCUCCGCAGCCUUCCCGCUAAAUCCUAUGAAUGGGUGGAAAGGAAUAGCUGCAUGUGCCGUUUUCACAGUCCUUGACAAUUUGGAUCCUGAAAAGCCUGACAUAGGCUUUGAGUUGAAAAUUGGCGGUCGGAAUAUCAGUGGACCCAUCACUGAAUCCCUUACUAGUUUGAAGGUUGGUGGUUUCAUGGGUAUGUUUUAUGGAUCACGUGGGUCACUUUCACAUCUUAUGUCAUCUGAUUGCACUUCCACCAUCAAAGUCAGGUUUUAUAGUAAGAGCAAGAACAUAACGGUGCAGAGUUGUGGGUAUCAAAUUGUAUUCCAUGAAAAUAUGGAAGAAUUUAUGGAAACAAUACUGCAAUGUUCAGUCGCAUCGCAGACUUCUCAGUUGUCAAAAGAUACAAGUAGAGAAGAACCACCGAAAGAAAAGGGGAACUCUCUCUACCCAAAUAGAAAAGGAGAAAAGAUACAAGUAGAGAAGAAACACCGAAAGAAAAGGAGAACUCUCUCUACCCGACUUUUGAAGUCUCCCUGUAGAUCGAUCUGUUGCUUCCUGUGUAAAUGAACUAAUCUCGAAAUCAUAUUUUGGGUA